UCAUCUAUGGUAGUAUCAAGUUGACAAACGGAGAGAGUUGGCGCUUUUGAAAAAGGAUUUAUUUUGUACCGUUAGAAAUUCACACAAAUGCAAAUAAUCUUAUAAAUGCGUUUCAUAAGUCUUAUAAUUAUCGCCCAACUCAUUUAAACGAUGAGAGGUAAAUGUCAUGCGGUAAAGUGACAAUUCAUAAGAUAACGUGCCAACACGCGAAAUUUAAGCCGAGAAAGUCGGCACUACUUUUCAGUCUUUCAUUAAAUAACAAUAUUUGCGAAUAAUGAUACGAAAUGUAUUUCAAAACGGUCAAAAGAUCUUUUGGAUCGGAUGUACAUGCAUUGGUACAUACAUCGCAUAUCGAUAUUGGAAAAAACGAGAACUUUUGGCAAUAGACGAAGGUUUUGAAGAAGUGUCUAAGAUUGAUGAUAGUCAUGAAAAACGAGUGCUUCUAUUAGGUUUAUCCGGAGCUGGAAAAACGUCGAUUAUAAACCAAAUAUGUGUAGCAAACGGUGAUGAAACUUCAUAUAUUGUCCCUCCAAAACCCACAGAAGGUUCUUCUGUAUAUAGAAUAAAAAACGGGGUUUUAUUUUAUAAUGUUUGGGAUAUCGGAGGUUCAGAUGCCACUAGAAAAUAUUGGACUGCUUUCUUGCAAGACACAGAUUUGUUAUUAUUUGUAGUAGAUGCAUCUGACAUAAACAAAUUAUCUUCCGCUGCUUCUAUUUUGAAACAGUUAUUAAGUGAUGCAAGAAUGGAUGAUGUACCAAUUUUAGUAGUUGCUAAUAAGCAGGAUUGUCCCAGUGCUCUAAAGCCAGAAGAAGUUAAGAAAGCUUUAGAUUUAUUAAGUAUUUCACCUCAUAAGCAUAAAGUAGAAAUAAUUGGAUGCCAAACAAGACCUUUUCCUGAAAUUCCAGAAACAACUGAAUAUACUUGGUAUCAUGCAUCCGUUGAUUCUGUUAGAAAAAAAAUGUUUUAUAUGGCAAAAGAUAGUGUAUCUGCUCCUCUUUUUUGUUAAAUACUUUAUAAAAGAAAGAAAGGAAUAGAAGAAUAAGAAGUAAAUAAGAAAAUGACAAUAUGCCUAAUUUAGCAUAUUGUAUACAAUUUUUCAAUGGAUUAAAGUGAUUACAGUUUGUGCACAAAAUGAACCUUUUUAAAACAAAUAAUUCAAGCUUUAAAAAAAGAAAUAUAAAUAAAAAUAUACAAUUUUUAAGGUUUUUUCAGUAUAAUAUAUUUGCAAUCAUUUAAUUUUUUAUGAAGUCUCUUUUCAGCACAUACACAUAUAUUUAUUUAAUAAAUUAUUUAUUUACUUUAUCAAAUCACAGUAAAAGUCUUUCAUUUUUUUUUUUUAUGUGAAUUAUGCAUAAAUCAAACUACAUUAGUUUUUGUAAUUGAUACAUAAAAUAAAGAUUUAGAGAUUGCAUUUAGAAAUAUAAAUCUAUUUUAUUCAUUUACAGUGAAUAGUAUUACACAUAUUUAUAUAAAUCUGUUGUAAUAAGUAUUAAUUUUUCUUGUCUAUUGUUUUUGUACUUACCUAAAUAAGAAUAUUAAUUUAUUAAUUUUAUACUUUGAUACUUUAUAUACCAAUUUGUAUGAAAAUUGAAAUAUAUUUGUGUUAAACACUAAGAAAUUAAUGAAUUAUAUUAUGAAUCAUGUUAUGUAUUUUUAUUCUGAAGAUACUCAUUGUAUUGCUCAGGGAUACCUUUGAAUAUCUUAAUUUUAGCACGUAUUUGUUUCCAAGUUAAUUGAUUAUAAUUCUUUCUAUCUAAUGCCAUAGCCUAUAUAUGAUUUAUUUAGAAAUAAUUUAUAUAAUAAUUCAUAACAAAAAAAAUAUUUGUCAAAUAAAUUAUAUAUAUAAUUAAAA